CCUGCUGGAGUUCCUCUGAGCCCGGGGUGUGACGUCACCCUCCCAGAAUGCAUGGCUUCCAGCGCGGCGCCCAGCAGUCCAGGCCCGUCCUAAACAUCCCCAGAACUUUUCCCAAAAUGUCGAUGUGGAGGGGCAAAGAAGAGUCGAGCCAGAACUGGACCGAGGCGUGUUCGGAUUUUAAAGAUGUCCACCUACCUCUGUUUGGCUGCUGAAUACUGAAAAAGGCUGUGGGCUGACACAAGGGCUCUUCUCAGGAAACACACAGACCCAGUCAGCGCGUUCAAAGCUCCUCACCACUGCAGCCCUGUUGGGGUUGUUAUGGCAGCUGCUCUGACAGAUACCAAGUACUGGACACAGAGAUCCCUCAGUAAGGCUGGACAGACAAAACCACCGUCUAAUGGUUGACAAACAGCUUGCGGCAUUACGUCUAGUACUCCCAGUAAACAAAGCAACCACGUGUUUGUAGGCUGAUGGUGAGAAUCCUCAUGAGUCUUGUCUGUAUCUGCUCAGACUCUUGGCCGGAGUCCCUGCGAAGCAGCAGAGCAAGCACUGUUCCUUCUGUUAGACCAUGUUUCACCAACAAGACCACGUAAAGAGCCAGCUGCAGGAGAGCCGCCCAGCGGGUAGGCACCUCUUUCACUGCCAGGAGUGUGGAAAGCAGUACAACACACAGCUGGGUUACAGGCGUCACCUUGUGGCAGCCCACAAUGCUGCGGCGAGCCUGUCGUGCCCAGAAGGGGCAGCUUCAUUGCUUGAGCAGCUCAGUGGCCAUAUUGACCGGCCUCCACCAGCAGAGGGUAACACCAACGCGGCCGUGCCAGUCAGGGAGAGGAAGUACUCGUGCGAGCGAUGCGACCGUCGCUUCUAUACGCGCAAGGAUGUACGACGUCACGCUGUGGUGCACACCGGCCGCCGCGAUUUCCUCUGCCCGCGCUGUGCACAGCGCUUCGGGCGCAGAGAUCACCUGACGCGCCACCUAAAGAAGAGCCACGCUCAGGACUCGGGGUUGGUUCCACCCUGUGCUCCGUGUACCCCUGUGGCCACACCAACGCCUGCCACCCAGUGCCCUGUGAAGGAGGAGCCCAGCCCUGUCACCUCAAACAUGGCUUCUGUCUCCAAAGAGCCAAUGGAGCCUUUUGCAAGGGAUGUGUACAAUUCCUACCCAAUGGCUAAUUCUGUCUCCGGGAUGGGGCACCCUCAUGGCCUUAUGCAGGGCUCCUUGUCUUCGAGCAUGGGUAUGGGUCGCCACAUGCCCCCCCAGUCCUCUCACCACCAUCACCUUCAGCCUCCUGCGGCUCCACAACAGCAGCCGUACGGCAGCAUGGCUCGGUACCAGCAUGGAUCUACCUCAUAUCCUCGCUCUGACAUGGACAGCUUCUUGCUGGACCUUCAGAGUGGCCCUCCAGCUCACCUGGGCGCAGUCAAUACAUCUACCUCUACAUCUGCCUCCCCACAGAGAGAGGUGCUUGCUGAAGGCGUGGGUGCUGGUGGUGACCCUCACCUGCUGUGUAGGAGCCCUGCUGUCUCCUCAACCGAGCUGGCCUGCACCACUAACAUGGACAUUGGACCUCUGCUGGGGUUUUUGCCUUUUAGCCUUCCACCCUACAGCCCUCACAUGGGCAUGGGAGGGUUAGUGAUGAGUUAUCCACCUGCCACCACCACCUCCUCUCCAUCAUCUUCUACUGGGCUCUCCUCCCAGGCUCCAGGACCUUUCACCUUCUUCCAGCCUCCUCAGGCUCAUGUACCCCAGAGCCCUGGAGCUCAGAGCCAAGUACCUCAGUCUUACAGUGGCCCUGCUAUGAGCACGUGCAGCUCCCUACCUCAUUAUUACCAGACCUUUCAGCAGUAGGUGUCUCUGUUCCCACAAGUGUUGUCUUCACAGAUGCUCAAAGGAUUCUUAAUGAAAAGGGUGAGGAAGAGAAUGGGGAUGUGUAACCUGUCAGUGCUAAUGAUGCUACUUUUAGUCUUUGUUGAACACAACAAGUCACCUCAUCAGUAUUACCUCAUAUUUUUUUAAAAGGAAGCUUGAAUGUUUGCAGCAAAUGUACAUCGCCUCACUGUAACCAAACCAGAGCUUUUAUCAGUGCUGGCUACACUUAAACCUGUCACAGGUGCUGCUCAGUGCUGAGCCUCUUUCACUUUUAGAUUUUAUAGCUAGAUGCUACAUUGUUGGGGUAUAUUUCAGUUACAGGUAAUUUCUAGGAAACUGACUGGACAUAGACUGGAGACUGACAGAGUGGAACCAAGUUGGAAUAACAUGAAUUAACUAAUGUCAAUGGAAACUUGAAUGGUUACACCUGUACAGUGUAGUUCAACUCAAUACAGGUUGAAUUGUUAUAAUUUGAAUCUGUCAGGAAGGCGAUACCUGUUAAUUAAUGAGGUCACAAAAGAAUGAUAUUUACCAGUCAUCUAUUUUAUAUGUGCCACAACAUCAGGAGUAAGUAAGUAAGUAAAGUAGAAUGACCUGUUGUUGUACUGGGAGGAAUCAGCCUGUGCAGGUGCACGGUUUAUUUGGCGUGUGUGUGUGUGUGUGCAUGCAUGCGCGUGUUUACCCCUGCACUGUGAAUUCAGAAUUAGGCCUUGUGAGAAAUGUGACAAGUGCAACCAACAACAACAACUGCCAGCUGGAAUCUACAUUGAGGUUUAGCCCAUACAGGUCCAUAUUAGAUCCAAACGGCUCCCAUUGUGUGGACAUUGCCAGUCUAGCAUCCCUGCAGCCCUGAGACUAGUUGUGUGUCAGCAUGUGGAUGCAGCCCAUCAGCUUGUUGCUGAAUAAUUUAGCACUGCCAGAUCAAAAUGCACUUGUGUUCAGCAUCUCUCAUCCCUCCUCCUGCAUUGUCAUGGAUGCAGAAGCUGCCCUGUUAGGUUAAACUAAGUAAAUGUAGUAUCGCAAGCACCCAUUGCUAAGUUGGUCAAUGACCCCGGCUUCUUCCUGUGCCUGCCUUAAAAUACAUUAGCCCUGAUGGGAUGUCACAGAACCCCACACAGAACUACAAAUCAGGCUUCGAAGGGAAGGUUAGACCUGUGCAACCAGGGUUGUAACCUGUGGUUUAUUGUAAUAGCUAUGCUGCUGGAUUGUAGCCAGGUUAAAGGUGGUGCUUCUAAAUGCCAGAAGAAGAAUUAGGAGCGGCAAAGACGGAGGCUCAGGGUCAUGUAUAAACUGGAUGGAGCACAUCCUCCAGUCAUCCUCAGAGCUCUUCCUCAGAGGAACGCAUGUUGCUUGUGCAUCUCAACCAUCUUUGUAUGUUCAAAGCCAGAAAGCCCUUUGCCUUACCCUUCAAGAUGUCACGGCAACUUGACAGCGUCCGACUUCUGCACAGAUUUGAGCUUGUGAUCUUCUGAUUAGCCUUUCUGGGUUUAAACCCGUUUCAGGACGUUGCCUUCUCUCUGCGUUGUCUUUUCUCCUAAUUCUUCUUUUGGUAUUUUGAAGCACUGAAUACAACCUGUUAAUGAUCCACCAAUGGAAAGUAUGAAUACUUGUAAUGUAUUGUCAUUGUCGGGUUUUAUUCAGGACUGAACCUGAGCCUGUCCAUCCUCCAGCUCUGUCUGGUGUCUGGUAGAAGUCUAGUCUUUGCUCCGAUAAAAGACAAACUUGCUCUUCAGGAUACCCUUUUAAUACUUGUUCUGGGUUUAUUAUUUACAAGUUCAGUCACCGUACAGGUCAUUUUAAUAGUUGUUUAUAUAGCAACAAGACCAACACUGACAUCAACAAUAACUGUCGCUCUGUGCUGUGUCCUUUUCUGUACCUUAUCGGUAAACAAUGGUGGACUGAUUCACAUGCUCUUAACCAGGAGUCAGCUUCACUUAGGCUAAUGUUCAGUUUCAUGAUGUAACCUGCAGCACUUGGGACUGGCAUCGUCCUUUAGGCUGUUGAAUGAUGGUAUAAAUUCCUCCUGGAGCACUUGUAAUGCUGGAUUAUAAGUUUGUGAAAAACUUAAACCCUAAAAGUGAGUCCCGCUGUCAUCCUGGCCUUAUCUUUAUUGCAGAGCGUUGGGAAAAGCUAGAGAAGCAACAACUGAUUAAAGGUUCUUUGGACAGAGUUGUAUGGAUGCUCCACUCAAACUGGUCAAGUGUAGCUGAGAUGAAGGAGCCGUGCAGCUGAGUGGUUGAUGAAAAUCAAAACGGCCUUUGCCUUAAGUCCAUGAACUGUAUGUUGAAGAACUCCUCACUAGCAUUGUAACAGCCCUGUAAGUGUUGCACCAAUGUCUUAAAAUGCUACUGUUGUGCCUCUCUAAGAGAUAGUUUGACUGGGUCUAAGCACUUAUGACAUUUUUAUAAAGGAGGCAUUUGAUCUGUACCUCAAGCUUUCAGAACUGUGGGUUUCUGAUAUUUGUAUUUGCUUUUAGUUACAUUGGCUCUUGUUUGUGCCAUUAGGUUGAAAGUAUAAAGGUAGAUUUUAUGACUCUUAAUUCCUUUCGUAGUGACAUUGACAUUAUAUUUCAAACUUUCUACCUCUGUCUUGUCAUAUAUCUUUCUGCAAAAAUGAUUAGACAUAGUUUUAACCUGUAACCGCAGAUUUACCACUGAAUGUAGGACAAUGUUCAGAAUUUCAACUUUGAAAGUCCUGGUGGUGAACUCCAGAGUCAGACAUUGCCUGUACUUGCCUUUAAUGAUAUUUCUACUUCCUUACUACCUCAAAUAAGAGACAGGUGCCUGUCCAUCUAACUGCAGAGAAAAUGACUGUAUAGUUUUAUAUUUUGUCAGAACAAGCACAUGUACUUUGUAGCUCCAUAGUUGUGUUGCUGUUUUAGCUAACAGCAGAAUGAUGGGGAUGCAUUGCCUGUCAUUUGUUGUGUUGUUGUCGCUGUGUCCUCUGCCUCGUUGGUCCUUGUCAGUUGUGCAGCUAAAUGAGAAAUGAACAGGCAACCUUUUGGGAGCACUUCACCUGAAAGCAGGUUCCUUGCUCGUUCCAAGUGAACCAACACGUUCUUCUGUCACCAGUCCUGUUCCAGGACUCACUGCUUUCCUGAGUCAAAACCAUUUAACAAAGAGUUUGUUUUUGUUUCUAGACUGAAUUAAUGAAGUACUUAAUACUAAAAACACUCUGAACACUUGAAUGUUUAUCUGUAAUGACGAGCUACUGUUGCUCUGUUGCUCAUGGUGUGAGUAGCAUCCCACCAGCAACCGUUACUAAUGAACCAGACACUGCAUAGCCACAUGUUGUAUCAAAUGGAUCAGUUGGUUUUAGGAAUAUCUACCACUACACAAACAUCUCUGAUCCAGAGCCCAGAAAUACAUUUAAGGCCUCAUUGGGCUUAGUUUAAAGUAUCAUGAAACCAUCUGUCAGCAUAAAACCUAUAGAAGAGCUGGAUAAUGAUUUACUUCCUUUGUAUAGAUUCAGAUCUAGUCGUGAUGUUUGUGGUGCAAAUCCCUGAACGAGCGUCUGUUCAACCAGCUGCUUCAAACUUGGCCUCUUGGCUAACUUGUCUUGAAUAACUGCCCAUUCAAGUUCUGUUUUAGACAUGUUUGCAGAUGUGUGCAGGCAAAGGACACAGCAGAUUCCGAGGAUGAUCAUACUGUUUUGUUGCCUGCAUGUAAGUCGGCCCUGAGACCCACUACACUGCCGGUUUGACUUUUAACAUAGAUGCUUUUUGCUUUAGGUGUUCGUAUUAUCACUUAGUAGAGUAGAGCACAGUGAAGAGAAAGUGAGUUGUCAUUUUCUAAUGAUCUGAAAUUAAAGUAAUUCAAAAUAAAUACAUCUUUAGAUUUUCA